AUGGUCGAUAUUCUCUAUUCACUUGUGGAUGUUACUCAACGUUUUGAUCAAUUAAUACUUGAUCCAUUUUAUAUUCAUAAUCUUGAUAUGACCUCUAUGAUGAUGAAAUCAUAUUAUGAUCGUAUCUAUUCAAUAGAAAAUAAAGUUCUUGAUAGAAUAUGUAAAAAUAUCUUACCUCGAAUUCAUCAUCAAAUAAAUGAACUUAUUGUUGAACAAAAUUCAAUCGAACGUAUUCUUCAUACUAUCAAUUAUCCUCAACUUUACUCUUUAUCACUUAUAGAUUUUACAGAAGAAGUACUUCUCAAAUACUUAACAGAUAAUACAACUCUUCGAAGACUUCUUAGUGAACACAUUACAUGUUUUAAACUUGAUUUUAAAUAUGACACAACACUAUCAAUUUCUGAAACUUCUUCGAUUAUAUUUACUUUGAUUUUAUCUUUAUGUAAACGGUCGUAUCGACGUAUAGUUUGUUAUGAUAAUCUAAUUAUUCCAUUACUUCAACGAAUGAUAAAUCUUGAAGAAUUGAUAUUAUUUCUAUCAAUAAUAAGAACUGAAAAAAAUUAUAUUGAUGGUAUUCAAUUAUAUGAUGAUAUUCUUAUUUAUAUGCCACGAUUAAACAAAUUUAUUUUCAAUAUAGACACAAAUAUAGUUGAAAACAAUAUUGAAUUUGCUCUUUCAUCGAAUGAAGAUAUUCAACGUAGUUUCAUUAGAAAAGAAUAUGGACCAGUUUAUUCACAAGUUGAAAUAUUUUCAAGAAAAAAAAAAAGAGCUCCUGCUGAACAACGUUGUCGAUAUAUAUUUCGUUUUUAUAAUAUUAAAAAUAAUGGAAAUAUGUCCAUAGAAGAAUUUCGAGAACUUCAUACUGAUAUUCAAAAUCUCAAAGAUGGUAAAGCAAAUAAUGAUGCUCCGCCAUACAGUGAAGUUGUAUCUGCUUUUAAUUCUUUUAAUCUUCAAGUUAAUAAUUUAUUACAAUUAACAGAUUUUUUUAAAUUCUGUUGUACAAUUGUACAAGAUUUAUUACGAAUGUGCAAACGAUAUAAAGAUGUGAAAACAGAUAAUUCAAACAAUCAAGUCGUUUUCAUCAUGGACCAACGACCUAUUCAAGAAUCGAAUACGCCGUCUGGCGAUUCAAUAAAUAAUCGCCAACAAGUUACCGAUCAUAUGCGUGCAUUAAUCGAUGAAAAUAGUGCUUUACGUCAACAAAAUGCUAAUUUAUUUCAACAAUUAGAUAGACUUCGACUUGAAAUAGUACAACAACAAACAAAUCAUGAUCAGCUUUUACAAAAAUCUUUAUGUAAUUUGACAAUUACAAUUGAUGAAUUAACUAAUCAACUUAAUGAUUAUCGACAGGAAUUAAGUCGUUUACAAAAGGAAAAUGAUCAUCUUAAACAAGCAUUAAAUGAUUUACAAAAAAAAAAUGAUAGUGAUGCAGAAGAAAAUAAGCAUUGUAAAAACAUUUAA